AUGGCGCCAAAGACAAAUCAUAUUUGGCUCUGGCUGGGUGUCGCCGCCGUCGGAUGCGUGCUCUAUGUCGCCGGCAUCGUCGCCUACCGUAUCUUUUUCCACCCCUUGGCGAAAUACCCAGGUCCGUUUAUCGCGAAGAUCACAGAUGGCUACCAGCUCUACCACGCAUGGAAGGGUGACCGCCAUCUAGACUUUCAUAAGCUUCACAGCAAAUAUGGCAAAAUCGUGCGCUUCGGACCCAACUCCGUCUCAUUCAACUCCGCGACAUCCCUCAAGGAGAUCUACGGCUUCCGCUCGAACGUUCGGAAGGCCGAAUUCUACAACGCCUUCGUCCACCCCGCUGCGAACACACACAACACCCGCGACAAGGAGGUUCACGCCCGCAAGCGCCGCGUCCUCGCCCACGCCUUCUCAGACAGCGCCAUGAAGGAGAUGGAGCGCUAUAUCCUCGGCAACGUACGCUCCUUCACCACCGAGAUCGGCCGCGGAGGCUCUCCCGACGCCAAGGGCUGGUCUUCCACUAAGAACAUGGCUGACUGGUGUAACUACCUCGCCAUGGAUAUCCUCGGUGAUCUGUCGUUCGGCAAGGCAUUCCACAUGCUCGAGGCCCCUGAUAACAGGUUCGCGUUGGAUUUGGUUGCGGCUGCGACCAAGAGGCAUCUUAUUUGCGGUACAAUGCCGAUCGUCGACAAGCUCAAGCUCGACAAGUUUCUCUUCCCGACGAUCGCGGCCGGUCGCGCGAGGUACAUGGCAUACAGCAAGGGACAGCUGACGGAGAGAACGAAGCUGGGCGAGGAUACCGACCGCAGAGACUUCUUCUACUACCUCCUCAAGGCGCGUGACCCCGAGACUGGCCAGGGAUUCUCCACUCCUGAACUUUGGGGAGAGUCGAACCUGCUCAUCAUUGCCGGUUCCGACACCACAUCAACCGCCAUGGCCGCCACAAUCUUCUACCUUGUCCGCAACGCCGACGCCCUCAAGAAGGCCACCGAGGAAGUCCGCAGCAAAUUCACCGACGUCGAGGAGAUCCGCCAAGGCGCCGCACUCAACUCCUGCACCUACCUCCGCGCCUGCAUCGACGAGGCCAUGCGUCUCUCCCCCUCCGUCGGCGGCCUCCUCCCCCGCGAGGUCCUCAACGGCGGCAUGACCAUCGACGGAGCCCACAUCCCCGCCGGCACCGUUGUCGGAACGCCGCAUUACACCAUCCACCACAACGAGGACUACUUCCCCUCGGCCUAUUCGUACAUCCCGGAGCGCUGGAUGGUCGGCGCGACAAACCCGGUCAGCGGACGGCAGACGACCGAGGAGGACGCGGCGAGGGCGCAGAGCGCGUUCUGUCCGUUUUCGAUCGGCGCGAGAGGGUGUAUCGGCAAGGGACUCGCGUACGCUGAGAUGUCCACCACAAUCGCGCGGACGUUGUUCCUGUACGACAUGCGCAAGGCGGUCGGCGUCGUUGACCCGGCUGAGGGACGGGCGGAUCUGGAGGAGGGAAGGAGGAGGGUUUCGGAGUUCCAGCUAUUCGACACGUUUACGAGUAUGAAGGAUGGUCCGUUGGUGGAAUUCCGGGUGAGGGCUUAG